AUGGCGGAGAACAAAGAGCAAUCCGUUGCCGUACGCGCGCUAGGAUCGCAGCAUGAAACUACUGAGAGAAGGCGUGGAUCACCAGCAUCAGAACAAGCUCAACAACGAUCACGAACAACGCCUCCUCGAACUCCGUCUUCUAGGGGUGGCCAUGCAUCGCCCUACGUCCGAGUUUCGUUGAAAGGCUUCCUGAGCUUCGUCCAGCAUACACUACUUUGA